GGCUCGACGCCGCUCCACUUUGCUGCGUCGAAUGGUCAUGCUGCCGUUGCCGAGCUCUUGCUUGCUCACGGCGCCAGGCCUGACAUGCUCGAGAAGAACGGCCUCUCGCCCGCCGACCUGGCGAUGCAGCAAGGUCAUGAGAAUGUCGUAGAGGUGUUGAGGAAUUGGGAGGACGCCUUUGGACCGGCCGAAGCUUCGCCUAUCAAGCUUAACCGCGCAAAUACAAAUUCCUCGGCGAUGAACCUGCUUGUGCGCAGGAGAAACUCCCAAGUCAGGCUCGGACACCGUCAAUCACAUACGAGUCUACGAAAUCUUGCACUGAACAACGAACUUGCAAAAGAGAACCUCGCCUCUCGGCUGGGAAAAGAGCCCAAGCCUUUACGACUGGUCAGCAAUUCCAAUCACGAACCGAAGCAUGGCAGUAGCCCACUACGACCUGUCCCACCCUCGACAUCAAUCAGCGAACGUCCUGCCGGUCUCACGCUAUCGUCUUUGCCCGCCGCUGUUGCGACCGGGUCCGACACGUCAAGCGCCGGUCAACCUUCGGAUUUAUCUGCCUCUGUGCACGCACAAACAGACGGUGACGACGAGCCUCUGACGCCGCUCACUUCCGUCGCCAGCGGCUCGAUGACCUCGCCCGGCAGCCGCUCGUCUCUCGAGGGCAGCCGGCCUCCGCAAGGAUCGCUGCGCCGACAAAGCGCGGCAUCGGACUACUCGCGCUCUACAGAGGGACUAGUCCGAGCGCACUCUCGCAGCUCGACAAGCCGCCUGUCGAUGUCAAGCAUACGCAGACCCAAUCUGUUUCAGCAGAAAUUGAGACGUACAGGAAGCUCGGAUGAUGCAACGCCUACCUCGCCCACGAUAGGCUCGCCUGAUUUUGGACUGGAUCUCUUGCUCUCCGAAGGUGCCGAGCGUGUCUCAACAAUCGGCGGCCGGAUCGUCAUCAACGUCGAUGACGAAGAGCGCAGAUCGGUCGACAGCGAUGAGUCGCCGACGCCGCUCGAAACCAGUCCUCUCAAAAGUGCAUCUGCUAGAUCACGCCACGAUAGCAUAGCCUCGACAUCAUCUUCUGUCUCUCGUAGACCGCAAGCGAUCUAUGGCGUCGCUGGCAACACUGCUUCUGCCGAGCGCGUCAUGAUUGCAGCAGGCACUCUCUCGCGACAAAGCUUUGCCCCCUACACUGUCUCUGAAGGCAAUCGUACACGCAGUAGCUCGACAUCGACCAACAGUCAAGCCCGUCAUAUCGCAAGAACGAGCACGCACACUUCCUCUUCGCCCGCGUCGUCCUACUUCUCCAAUGCAGCCUCGCUCUACCCGACCUCUGCGGCCUCGACCAACGCGACCAGUCAACCGCCUACGUCACCUCAUCUGCCGCCCGUCUAUGAGACGGCAGGUGGACUGCUCGGCCGCAAAGCAGACAGCGCGACAACGAGUGCCCACCGGGCGCAUCAUGCGCAAACGCUGGCCCAGCAGCUGGCAGCCUAUUCGGACACUUUGGCAGCUGCCAAGAAGUUCAAGGCAGAAGCAGAGGCCAACAAGCGUGCCGGCCCGAGCGGCCUAGUUCCCAAAAGCACAGAAGUGCGCUACGAGACUCUAGACAAAGUCGGCACCUCUACACCGACCGUGCUUACACAAGGCGAGCGGAAAGCCGAUGGUCCCGUGAACGAUCGCGUGGUCACAGCAGCCGCGCUGGCUCAGCCUCUCGACAGGCGGCGUAAGCCGACGGCUUCUCUCACUCUCCCAGCAGGGCCUUCGCCUCUGCGGGCUAGCUCGCCAGCGCCAUCUGUGGCCGCUGUGCAGCCCUCACUGGGUCACAAGGUCGCGCUGUCGACUCACAUCCAGAAUCAAGAUGCCAUCUCGAGCAGCGCAGCCUCGACGAGACGCAGCGAGCCAAGCAACGUCACGCCGCGAUCGCGUGAGAAAGGACCGCCCAGCUGGCGGAAUCAUAGCAUCGAUCUAGAUCGACUUGCGCCACCUGCUCCUAGCCUGCGCACCGGCAGACAAAACCGGAUACCCUCUCUGGGACACCCGGCGAUGCAGACAAAGGACACUCGCAUCACUGUCUUGACAUCCUCCUCGACAGGCACGUCUUCGCCCAAAACGUCACCCGCAUCUUCAGCCGUCUCAGCGCCGAACAGCCGCAAAAGUAAAGGCAAGCUCUCCAAGUUCGUGAGCGCCUUCAAGGGCUUGUAGUCAUCCGCCUUGUCCACGCUGUAGCCUUAACACUAUUGUGCCUAUCUAUCUAUUGACAUGUCAUUAAAGCCAAGCUCGGAGCGCGUC